AGACUGUGCGAGUGGACUCGCUUGUCAGGUCCCAAGAGUCUUGCGGCCUUGUUUUCGGAUUCGCACAAGGCUCGCCGAUGCUGUCAAUGGUCUAUCGCAACGGGUCAUGAUGUCAUGGCUUCCUUGGAUGCCAUUCAGGCACCGUUCGUACCUGUCGUCAAAACGAGUCACACCACGGCAUCGAACAACGCACUCGGCAACGCGGCAUCCCCGGAUGGCGCGUGUGCGCACUGCCUUGAAAUAGUCACGGUAGGAAUUCUUGAAGACACUACGAUGGGCCGCUCUUGCCUUUUGUGCGCUCUCCCCGCCAUAAACCCUUCGCAACCUCUUCCAGGCGUUCAAGAGCUCCCAUGGGGUCACCACCUCAACGGCUCGUUUGGCGUCCGUCACGGCCUCUGCAUUUCCUACAAUAUCGUCUUGUUCUAGUCAUCCUUAUAAUAUGCCUUAUCCAGCAGCAGCGACUCUAUUUCAUCUACCACAAUGCUCUCGCCACGAAAUACUCUCCGACAAUCUUCAACCCCGACUUCGAAGAACCUCGUGCGCACCUGCACCGCCUGGACGAUGAAGACGCACAGUUCCAACAAUAUCUGCUAUCGAACCGGCCUGCGUGGAGAGUCUUGGGAUCGGGUUGGGAAGGCACCACCUUCACCUACAACGAUACUGUCAUCAAGACAUUUGCUCCUGGGAAAAGCCCCUUCCGGAACUGUGCUCCUAUGUCCGCGAACGAGAAAUGGCCCACGGAAAUACCCGCUUCAGUAUAUUUCGGUGGCUCUAGCCUUUCGACAUCCUACAAGUCCUGCUUCAACGGCGACGCGAAUUCCACGGGGUUCCUGCCCGUAGAGGCAUAUUUUAUGGCAAGCUCGUCACCUACAUCGCCUCCCGCGUGGCAUCUUGUAACGCCGCUAGUCGCCGGCGGUAACUUAAACACGCUUGCAAAAACCGUGAAAGGACGCCCAAACCCCUCGAGUUUCCGCGACGUCGACGCGUUAUAUCGUCCGACUUUCAACCGCCUACUCCGCACUCUCGAGAGCAUGCACAGCGCCAACUUCUGCCACGAUGAUAUCAAACCAAGCAACAUCUUCGUCCAAGACGAUUCGCGAUGGCUUCUGGGCGACCUGGGGAACGUCCGACACGUCUCGCAGCCCUAUCACUCCUCCCUGAUCUGGACCGACAAUAGGCAGCUUACAGAUUGCCGGGCGAACGACGCCAUUCGAGCAUUGAAAUCCUACUUGCAGUUCGUUCGAGCGGCCUCAAUGGGUACCGAUGCUUUCGAUGCGGAAUUCUUCGAGCGUCGAGAACCUCUGAGUCGGCUCUUUUGGUGGGCACUCGCCAAUGCACACACGCUGCGCGCUGACGGCCUGCGAAAAUGGGCGUUCGUUGAAACUCCUUCACAAUCGCCCACGGAUGGUACCGUUCUUACUAUCCCACAUUCAGUUGAGCAGCAGUCGCUGUUAGGCAUGGUCAGUCCCAAGCAACGGGCUCGCGCAAGAGAGGUGGGUGCGGCGUUACGAAUGGGUCUGAGUGAGAGACGCGCUAGAUGGUUGGCAAUGACUUGGCUCUUCGGGGUCCCUUCGACGGGAUGUUGAGUUCGGGGUUCGUGCGUAGUUGACUCAACCUUCACCCCAAUUUGACUACUCUUGGAGCGAAGACAACCCUUUUGCGCAAGGCCCCUCU